UUCAGUUACGCAGUGGGACGUUUGCGCUAGCUUUUCGGCAGCAUUUUUAAACUGUCAGCAUGUUGCCGUCUUCUAACCGGGUGAAACUCAACCGGGCCGUCGGGCGGCUGAACGUGGAGCCGCGCCGGAGACGCCCGCCGAGGUCGGCCCGUGUCCAUGGCAACAACAGCGAGCCCGUUCGAACGUCUCCAACUGAUAAAGCGGGCCCGGGAAAAAAUGUGGCGGAGAGUUGCGUAGACGUUGAUAGAAACCCACACCCGAGCCCCGCUGGACAUGCUGGUUCAGAGGACUAUUUAAGAAGAGCCGGCUUUGGUCUCUGUGGUGGCUGUAAAUGCAUUUCCCCCCAGCAGAAGACAUUGGGCGAACAGGGGCCAAACAGCAGUAACCUGGGGUCAGAGCACCCUACAGUUCAGGUUAAGAGCGGGAGGGGAAAAAACACAGUCACUGAGACCUCUAAGAAGAUUUUCAUAUGGAUAAACCAGUAUCCGAAGGUGACGCUUUGCGACGUAGCUCAAAAAUGUGAUGCUCCUAGUCGCGACUGUGGCUACGUGUUACCGGAUGUUCUCAAGACCAAGGUCGUGCGCUGCUUCAAGCAGGAGAUGAGAGCUGGGUUUCCGUUCAGGCCUGGUUGUUUCUUGCACAACCACCGCAAAAGUGAGGGAAGCGCUCUGGCUCAAAAUAGCAAGUUUAUUCCCAGGGUUCAGUCUGAGAAGAGCGUCCGUCGGUCUCAGAGUCUGAACGAACACCAAGGACGCACAGAUGUGCAGACGUUAUCCGGUUGUUGGACAGGUGAAAGCUCUGCAACCUGUUCUGCUUCUCUCUCACUAGGUGAACGUACAAAAAAGGGGGAGUGCAGGACUGGCAUGUGGGACAGAGAUGUGGAGGAGGGCCCUGGGCCAGGAUCCUGCCAGAUAGGAGCGGAGAUUCACAGAGACAAGAGAAUAAAGCUUGGAGAUGGUGUUCAAAAUGGUAUAUUGCCAUCCCAUCCGGAUUCAGAAAGCAACGGCUGCGAAGAUCCAGCAAAAACUGACUCUGGAGACGAAGAGAAAACAUGCUUUUUCACAUCUGCCGACAGUCAGUCAUGUUUAGGUUUAGGGCACGCUGUUGUGGGCAGCAGCUCUUUCGUCUCCGCUGUAAAAGAAAACUGUGUCCACGAAAGGACUUGUGGUGAGAUUGAGAAUCCAACAGAAACGGAUGCAGCACAGAUGUCAUCAGAAGUGUUGCAUCAGGGGAAGGAGGCGGAUGAGCUAGAGUCAUUCACCUGCCAGAGAGUGAGGGCCUAUUUCAGAAAAAUAAAAUUAACGUGUGCACGCACAUACAUGUCCUGGCCCUUCUCCAACGGUGGCUGGACCCGUAGAGUACAUGCUGGCACCACAGGAUGUCCAGCAAAACCUAUAGAUCCAUCAGCUGGAGAUAAUGGCUCUCUGUUGGAUCAAAAUCAGACGGGUCUAUCCAGCAACCGAGCCAAUGACUUGCUCCCAGCUGCACCUUACGCCCACCAGGUGUCUCAUCGAAAUGGAGAGAGGCGAGAGGAGGACGGAGAAAGCGUUUCAGAAGAGAGAAGGGAGUUUGCACCUCACUUUACGGAGGCAGGAGCAUCGUUAGCCAGUCUUCACUCGGAUGCGUCGGCCGUCCUUUCCAACCCAAGUCGGCGUGGAAGAGAGCGUGUCACAGCCUCAUCGUCACCGGUUAACCGACCUGAAACUGACAGAUACGUGUCUACUCUUUCCCCCUCGGCUCUCGGCCUGAGUGACUGUGAAACCGCCACUACUUUCUCUCCCAUGUCGUCUCCAUUCACGGUCGGCGGUUUGAGCAGCCUCUCGGCCACGCCGUCCUCUCUCCCACCUUCAUGGUUCCCACUGAAGAAAGUGAAAGGUGUUGAGAUGGCUGAUUCUGCGAGUGCACCACUAACGUCCUGUUCACCCAAAUGUGUGGUCAGAGCUGUAGAAGAAACAUUGUUAUACUUUGAAGGAACCCAAAGGACUUCAUUGACUUCAUCCUCUGACUCUUUUUAUUCAUGCGAGUCCUCCUCUCUUCCCCCUCAACACGACCAAGAGAGCGAUGACAGACUUUUCCCAGGCAGGAACACAUCUGACACAGGGCCCUUUAACCACGUGGUUGUCAAAGAGAGAUCGUUGCACAGCGUCCUCACUGAAAAGUGUGUAGAAACGGACUCAGAUGAGGUUUUGCUUACACCAAUGAUCUCUCCUGUCGCUUCACGACGAGGGCCCUCGGGGACAAGCCUCCUACACCAGACAACAGGCUGUUCAGAUGAAGGUGAUGAAGAGGAGGAGGAGGAGAUGAACAAAGGCACCAGAAAACAUAAAAUGUCUCCUGGAUGUCACAUGCAACACAUUAACGGUAAUAAUGAAAACUCUAAGGAUUAUCCUGAACGUGCUAGAGAAGAAUUGGAAGGAGUCUCUGAAACUACUUUAAGGGACCCUCAGUCAUCUCCAGGCAGUGAUGAAGAUGAUGGUGAUGAAGAGGAAAGCCAGGAUGAAACGGAUCAUGAAGACGAUGUGGAACAGGAUAACAAAAUAUCUGAACAAGUUCCCUCCGACCCUAAAAUACAGGCAGCCCUCCCCUCCGGUGCUCUGACAGAACCCUGCUCUUCUCCCAGCAGUGAUGAAGAUGACAGCGGGGCGUUCAGUGAUGAAGGGCGGCCACGUUCUGCUAGAGGAGAGGGAUCAGGUCCAUCUGAAAUCUCAGGCAGUGAAAGGGAGGAAACUCGGGCAGAGACAGCUGGUGAUCUUCAGCAAAGCAUUUUGGAUGAGUUCACCGCUUACGAGCAGGACAUCCUGCUCGUAAGCGUGUUCCAGGAUGAUCCAGAGCUGUUUGAAAACCUGCCCCAGGAAAGUCUGCUGAAACUGGGCCGCCACAGGGUUACCGAGGCCCCUGCAGCCAGACCUGUUGGAGCGGUGAAAACCCUUUUGCCAAGGAUACACGGAGCAUCACUGGCGUUAAAACAAAGAUUGACCCCAUUAAAUUGUGAUUUUCAAAUGGAAAGUCUUGAUAUCAAAGAGGAGAGAAGCAGCAGAUCAUGGAGACCUCAGUGUAGUGGCAGCAACCCUCCCAGAAUGCAAAGCAACAUAUGGCCAGCUGCAGAAAAACAAACCAAAAACAUGGGUCAGCCUGAUGCCAACAACAAUCAUGUAAACGGAGUCGUGGACAGGAGCCAGCCUUUCCCAGCCGUCAACUCUCUGCAUAAUCACAUCCCCCCACCUAUGACCAUAAGAAAUGAGUUCAGGCGCCAGAAAUCUACUGCUUACUGCAGGCAGUACUUCAGUGAGUCGCUGUCCUGCGGGUUCAAGAUGUGUCGCUUCCAGCAUGUUCCUGUGGAGGGGGACGAGAAGUUGUGCGUUGAAACUGUGACACGCUUCGCCAAAAAUCCAAUGUGCCUUCAAAAAGCAGGAGCCGUGUUUAGGGGCUACUACCAGAACAACCUACCAGGAGUGUACUUCUCCAUGCCGGUGUUCCUGUCUCUCAUCUGGGCUCUGCUCAAAGCUGGCAUGGUGUCCGACGUCUUCUCAGUCCUCAACGUCAGCUUGGUCCACAAGAUCGUGCCUGGCCAUGAGUUCCUGUUGGCCCUCUUCAACAUUGUGAGAGAAAAGGGUCUCAUGGGAGUUGUUCCUGAACUCAUGCAGCUCACAUUCAAGAUGGCCAGUGCAGGUCUAGUGCUGAGUCUGGACUGCCUUGACUGUGUUAAAAACACUCCUGAGUUCCAGCAGGCAGUCAGUCCAAACUCCUUUGUUUCAGUGUCUGGUAACUACAAGUUGUCCACCAGUGCACGUCUUCCAGAUUACCUGAAUUUGGCCCAUUCCAUCGUAGAAAUAGAGCUUUGUACCAAGCAGGAGGACUGGAGGCGGAUGGGCGAGGUGUUCAGGUCCAUCUGCCAGUCCAGCCAGUAUCCCAGACAGGUUGGGAGAAUCAGCGGCCGCAUUGUCAUAGCGCUCCUGUCUGAGAGCAAAGACAAGCUGUCACUGCCUUUUGCCGUCUUCGCUGAGACAGUGUGUCAGAGCGAAGGUGAGGACAGCCCGAUCAGGAAUUCUUUAGGCAGAAUCGGAGUGUCGCUCAUGUUAAGAUACUACAAAACGCAUCAGUGGGCCAAGGGUCGGAGGGUGGUGGAGGUUCUGUUCAUUUCAAAAGUCAACUACUCAACACUGAAGGGCUUGUUUGGGAACGAGGAUGGAGCAUCACGCUGCUACCUGGUCACCGUGGCGACGGAGCUCUUCCUCCUGAGUGGCAGCCUGGAGGGAGCUCUCAACACACUGCGAGGAAACAAAUGGUUCCUGAGUUCGUGCUCGUGGCCGUGUGAGCCCGCCGAUCUGGAGAGCAGGACUCGUGUGUUGAUGCGUCUGGCUGAGAAGACGUCGCACAGAGACACGCUGGAGGUCCUCUGUAAUCUGCCUGGACUCAAAGAGCCAACCGACUUGGUUGAUACCUCCCGGUACGGUUCUCUGUUCAACUAUCACCUGCGAGUGUGCAUGGACAGACAGAUUCUUCCCGUGGCUUCGGACUCAGUGGACUUCAUGCUCUCUAAAACGCUGCCGGUGGACCACGCUCUGCUGCAGACCCUUUUGCACAAACUGGGCAAACAGAACCUCUGGUUCCGGGCCCGGGAAGUCUUCAGACACUCUCUGAGUUCGGGGUACUACCCGGGUGUGUCGGCUCCCCCUGGAUUCAUGGCGCUGAUCGUCCCCUGUCGACUCGGGGAGGUGGAGCUGGCUCUCACCUUGGAGAUGUUCAUCACCGUCAACGCUACGGACAUCUUCCACCUCUCAGAGAACUCCACUUCCUGUCUCAGCAUCACUCUCAAAAGGACCCAAAGCUGUGAGGGGGAGUACCUCGCCGCCGGCAGCCGCAUCCUCUCUGCGGCCUGCAUCCCUCAGCCCAAACUUAUCGUUCACUACUUGGCGGUUAACGCGUCGCAGGAUCAAGUGUUCGCACUCGACGUCCCCUCUGCUCGCUGCUGGCUGCGACACAAUCACUUGUGGGCCAGCGAGGUGUGGACGCACUGAUCUGAGCGCUUGCCCCCCUGUGGUCACUUGAAGUACUAAACUUUUCCUUUCCCUUGAAACUGCUUAUGUUCCGGAGAUGUCCGUCGACUCUGGGGGGGGGAAAAAACAACCAAUGAAAUCAGGAAUAAAAACAACACGUGCAUUUCUGUUGGCUGCACGUUUGUGGUCAUAUUUCAAUUUAGCCUUCAACCAGGAAGCAGAGAAUCACAACCAAAGACUGACGCAAGUACUUUAAAAUGUUUUAGUUUUUUUACGAGGAUAAUAACUUCAUUUUGUUCUUAUUUGUUUUAGUUAAUUGUUGUUUCCUGAAGAGUUAUUUUAGCUAAUUUGUCUUUGAUUAAUGACACUCAGUGUGAUUUACUAUUUGAAAGAAAAAUAAGUCUGUUGGGAAACAUUGUGGAGUCCAGCAUCAUUUUGUAAGGUUGUUGUUACAAGUAUUAUAUUUUGUUUAUAACAACAAUGUAAAUAACAUCUGAGUGUAUAUUGGUGUAUAUUUAUAAUGGUGUUAAGUCUUUGACAGUAUUAUGUUGCCGUAUUAUCUUACUGAUUGUCAA